AUGCCUACGCUGCCGGAUUCCUAUGAGAGCGUUGAGGCGUUGACAGAUGACCUGAACAACUUCAUUCAGACUCCCCUGGUCCGCCAAAUAACAGGCGGUAUACAUGUGAAUGACGCGUUCAUACACGAUGCUUGGAACACACUCCCACUAGAAUGGACAGCUUACUGGGACUCGGAGUCUCAGUCACGAGACCACCGCCUCAUGCAGCAAGACAUGAUCGACAGCAUCGACGAGGGUGAACACAGACUCUCAGGUACAAAAACACAUGAGACCAAUGCCAAGGAAACGUCGAAUCCUCCAGAUUCGCUCGUUAGGUGGCUUGGCCAGCUUAAGUCGGUCUCACUACCGCGCGCACAGCGCCAGGGACCAGUACUUGCCUUGCCCGAAGAAUUGACCCUCCACAUGAAAACGAAGAAGAGGAAUGAGGUCUCUGUUGCGGCCGCCUAUAUCCACCAACUCUGCCAGACGAAUAACCUCACGCGAGUUAUCGACAUGGGUUCCGGACAGGGCUACCUGUCCGUCACCCUCGCCUACCUCUUCCCCUCCCUCCGGAUCCUGGCCGUCGACGGCAGCGCGUCCCAGAUCGCCGGCUCGCAGGCCUUGGCCUCCUCUCUCGGUAUCCCAGAAGACAGGCUCAGACACCUUGUCCGCUACAUCGACGGCUCGAUGAGUCUGACUAAGGAGAUUGAGUGCUGGGCGGGUGGCGAGAGAUGUGUGCUCGUGGGCCUACACGCGUGCGGCAGUCUGUCCGAACACAUGCUGCGGUAUUUUGACAGAUGUGCCUCCAUUUCCCACCUGGCGGCUGUCGGGUGCUGCUAUAACCACAUCGUCAUGCGCUCCGAGGGAUGCCCGGACGGCUUUCCCAUCAGCGAGCGAUUGAGGGAUCGCGGAGUGACGCUGAGUCCCACGGCGCUGAUGACGGGCUGUCAGGCCCCGAACAACUGGGAGAGGCUGGAUCCGAACAAGGAGAGGUCGAGCUACGCCAGGAAACAGUUUUACCGGGCUCUGCUGGAGAAGAUGCUGUAUGACAAAGGGUUACAGGUGGACGAUGCCGACAACCACAGGCCGAACUGGGGCAUCAGGAAAGGCGAUCUGGCCACCUUUGAAAAGUUCACGCGCCGUGCGGUGCACUGUCUUGGCGUGAACCAGAGCAAGGUCUCGAGAGAAGACAUUGAGGCAUAUGAAGCUCGUUAUGCAGGCCAAGAGGGCAGGAUCGCCCUCCUGUGGACGCUUAGCGUCUUCUGCUGUAAGGCUGUCGAGAGCAUCAUCGCGCUGGAUCGCUACUGGUAUCUCGUGGAGCAUGCUGCUGAGAAGGUUGAUAUUGUUCCGAUCUUCGAGUACAAGAUAUCACCGCGGAACUUGAUGAUCGUCGCCGAGAAGGGGAGAGGAGCAUCUGUGUAA